GGCUCUCUCGCGAGAUUCGCCAGAGAGAGGCGCCGGGGACCAGCAUGGCGGACUCAGUGCUGGUGCUCAAGCGGGGUUCCUCCCGCUCCACGUGGCUGCGGGCCCGCAAGGCCCGGUCCCAACUCAUUCUCGGCCACCGGCCCCGCCGGCGGCUCAGGACUUUGCGUUGGUGCGGCCGAAGGCGGCUUCGGCGGCGGCUGCUGCAUGCCCAGGCGGCCGGCGUGGACUGGCGGGAGGGCGGCUGCCUGGUGUCGCGCGCGGCGGCGCCCCGGAGGCCCAAGACCGCGGUCCCCAGGCCGGACCCCAGCCCAGACGUGGCCGCGGACCUGACCACAAGUUGUUCCGCCAUCCUCUCCAUCCCGCCAGUGCGGCCGGCCGGCCCGGGCCGUGCGUUGGUGCUGCUGCCGCUUGGGCAGAGCUUCAUCUUUAGCGGGAUCUGUCGUGUGACCUGCCUCUACGGUCAAGUGCAGGUGCUCGGUUUUAACAUCAGCCAAGGCCAGCCCGCUCAGGACGUGUACUCCACCUAUACGCACGCUCGCCUGACUGUCACCGCAGUUCACUACUCAGUGUCUGAGAAAAGCAAGAAGGAGAUGAAAAGGGAAGCCCGGACUUUGCUCAAGUCGCAUCUGAACCGAGAUGACAGACGCUGGUUGAUGAAGAAUUUCUCUCCUCUGUGUUCCGUUAUGAUGCUAGAACACCUGAAAACCUCCACCGUGAACUUCAUAACCAGCCAUCCAGGUUUAUCUUACGUUUUCGUACAAGAGGUCCCGCCUUUCCAGAUUAACCUGGAGUAUUUCACCUUGAGGUCUGUGGGGAUCAGAAGAGAGAAGAAAAAAACCGGCCUUCGUUUGACUGAGAGCGCCUUUUCGGUCAUGGAAGAGUUAGUCAGCGUUUCCUGCGAAGAGGUAGACGGCUGCCCUGUAAUCCUGGUUUGUGGCUCGCAGGACGUGGGGAAGUCAACGUUUAUUAGAUACCUGAUGAACCAGUUGUUAAAUAGCAUACCCUGCAUUGACUAUUUGGAAUGUGAUCUGGGACAGACGGAAUUUACUCCUCCAGGUUGUGUUUCCUUACUUAAUAUUACAGAACCAGUUCUAGGCCCACCUUUCACUCACCAGAGGACGCCACAGAAGAUGGUGUAUUACGGGAAGACUUCUUGUAAAGACAACUUUGAGAACUAUAUUGAGAUAAUCAAGUAUGUGUUCAGCUCCUACAAGAGAGAGGCCCCGCUUAUCGUCAACACGAUGGGCUGGGUGGCAGACAAAGGUCUCUUGCUGCUCGUGGACCUGAUCCGACUGUUGUCCCCGAGCCACGUCGUUCAGUUCAGUUCCAGCCGGAGUAAAUACAUGCCGAACCUCACCCCUGACUACGUGGACGACAUGGACGGCUUGUACACAAAAAGCAAAUCCAAAGUCAGAAACAGGGGUUUCCAUCUGGCAGAGUUUGCUGAGCAUUUGGAAUUUGCUGAUGAAGAAAAAGAGAGCCCGCUUGUGUUUCCCGGAUACAAGCUGAUGUCCGUUAAGUCAGAGUUUGUGUCUAGAAAAACCGAAAGAAAUAGGGAAUCCCAUAACAAGAUUCUUCGUGACUUGGCCGUGCUCGGUUACCUGGGCCAGCUGCAGCCCCCGGUGCCCAAACCACUUUGUCCCUUACAUGGCCUGACACCCUAUCAGGUCCCUUUCAACGCCGUCGCGCUGCGGGUUACUCACGCCGACGUGGCUCCUACCCACAUACUAUACGCGGUGAACGCCAGCUGGGUCGGCCUUUGCAAGAUCCUGGACGAUGUCAGGGGUUAUGCACACGGGCCCAUCCUUCUGGCCCAGACGCCCAUCUGUGAUUGUCUGGGGUUUGGAAUCUGCAGAGGGGUUGACAUGGAGAAGAGGCUUUACCACAUACUCACACCUGUGCCCCCGGAGCAGCUGAGGCUCGUGAACUGUCUGCUGGUCGGAGCCAUUUCCAUUCCGCAGUGUGUCCUCAAGAGCCAGCGUGGGCUCGAAGGGACGAUCCCUUACGUCACAACAGAUUAUAAUUUUAAACUUCCUGGAGCAUCAGAGAAAAUUGGAGCAAGAGAAAUCAAGGAAACACAGAGAGAGAAAGUGCACCCCAAACCUAAACUCUAUCGAAACACACACUGACAGUGAUGCCCCCACCGCGGCGAGGGACUUUUCCCCCGGGAGCUGGACUCCACCUCCAGCCUGGCGGCAGCAGACUCACAGGGUUCUGUGGCCCAAACGGUGCUCUUACCGGCGGCCAGUCUUUCCUGCAUAACUCGUGGGUGUUUAGAGUACGUGAAAGCCUCUUUUUGAAUCCAGGUGACCUGGAGAUUCCCCAGCCUUCUCUUUUACUCGCUAAAGGGACAAAGCAGCAGGGAAAAGUUUGAGCACCGUUUUAAAACAGUUUUAAGAACAUGGUAGAUUCCUCAAAAAGGUUUUUGAGGACCUGGUUGUUGGAAUCUGGAUAAGAAUAGAAAAACUGAAGGAGUUCCCUGGUGGCCUGGUGGUUAAGGAUCCGGUGUUGUCACUGCUGUGGCACAGGUUCAAUCCCUGGCCUGCUAAUUUCCACAUGCCGCACAUGCAGCCAAAAAAAAAAAAAGUGCCCGUUGUGGCUCAGCGAGUUAAUAACCCAAUACAGUGACUGAGAGGAUGCAGGUUCAGUCCCUGGCCUCCAUGGGUUAAGGAUCCGGUGUUGUCAUGGCCGUGGUGAAGGCCGGCAGCCACAGCUCUGAUCUGACCCCUAGCCUGGGAACUUCCAUAUGCUGCAGGUGCGGCCCGAAAAAGACCAAGAAAAAAAAAAAAAAAAAUGGGGGAAACUGGGACUGCAGAAACGUACCGGGAAGGAGGCAGGCUGGCCAGCAGGUGGACCGCAUCACGGGAUGUGGCAGCCACUGGGGCCUCACCAGGUGGGCACCCUUCCCCCCCCAACCCCUGCUCAUUUGAUGCCAUGCACACGGGUCAAGGGUUCUGCUUGCAUUUCACCUGUUGAAUUUAAUCAAGUUUCCAUGGAGAAAAGGUUGAUUCAAGAGCCUUUUUUAAAAAAUCUAUCUGAUGGUCUUGUGCUGAAAAAAAUUCUCUCAAAUCCAAGAAGCCUGUCCUGGGGCCUCUUUAAAACUACAUCUGUCCUAACUGACUUCUGGUCUGAGAUUGAAAACAUACGGUGGGCAGAGCCGGAAACCAGGCGGUCUGGAAGACUUAGGACUGGAAGGGGGGCCGUGCCCUUGGCUUUGGCGGCAGGACAUGAACUCUGCCAGUGAUGGUGCUGUCCUCCCAGAGACUAUGGGGAACAGUGGAUGUCCUGUCUUCAUCUUCUCCCUGGUGGUCAGGAUUCUUUGCCCUCCAAGGUCAGAAGGGGUUUUGGUAAAAGUCAGCACAACCCGGUCAGAUCGUGUCGUUUCUGCGUUUAGGCCGGUGAGAGACUUCCUGAGGCAGCAUCUCAGCUGGACCUGAAGGACCCUUAGGAUGUGUGCAUUUACAUGUACGUUCAUUUAAACUAUUGAUAUUUGUCUAAAGUACUCUGGUGGCCUCUCCUCACCUCGUGGACGCUCUAGGGUUAGUUUUGAUACCCUAGAGGCCAUUUAAGAUCUAUUUAUAUCUCAGUUUAUCUUGUACAUGUUUCUCUGUCGUGACCUCGCAGAGAAUAUUGACAGUCCAUCAGCAUUUUGCCUCCUUCCCCAGGUCCUGUGUCUUUACAAGAGAACUCACUGUAGGUCUUUAGCAGCAUGUCUCAGGACGAAUGAAAGUGGUGGCUGAUCACGUGCAUUUUCAUUAAGCCCAGGCUUACCUGUGUCCCGUGUCCCGGGCCUUUAAGCUUCCCUGUCGUUAGUCUCCAUCGGUGGAGAAGACAAGCGUUGCCGCUAGAGGGAGCUGUCAGCCAUUGGUCAGCUGGCCAGAGAUGCUGGGGUCAGGCUCUGGGGUCAGCCUGGGGUGUGCCAGGCUGGGCAACCACCUUGGGUGUCUGCCCGUUUUACUCUCAGUGUCGAUGGCCUGGGCCUCCUGUCGUUUCCACAGCCGGUGGUGGUUCAGGAGGGUAGUGAGAGUUAAUCUCAACCAACAGUCUUAAUCAUGUCUGUGUGUGAUUUUCAGAGCAGCACCUGCUCUUUCAAGAGAAAGGGCUCUAUGUUGACUUGGAACACGGGACCGAUUUUGUGCUUCUUUGAAGUUCAUUCUCUAGAUCUGUUUCUAGAACAGGCAGACAUGAAAAUGGAAGGAGUCUCCAGUUCUAGGGCUGAUCUUAUUUUUGGAACAGAGGUGGUUCCCUUGUCCCCGUCUGUCCCCCGUCAGGCCCGGGGGCAGGAGCCAGGGUAUCUGAGACCUCCAUGUAGAACAGAAGACCUGAGGGAGGGGGCCGGGCGGUUGAACUGGCCCUUCGGCUGCUUUGCGUUGUGAUUUUUGAGAAAUUAAAAUCUGGAGUGGCCAGCUGAGGAGGCCCUGGCUAAGCCGAGGGAGCCAUUGCCCCUACCAGGACCCCUGCCGGACAGGUGGUGUGAGGACCAAGUGACAUGGGACAUUUCAGUUGUCUGGCAGUUUUUGCCCUUAGGUUCCUAUGUGGCUGUGUGGCUAUGACAACAGGCUUUGAUGUUAGCGCUCUGAGUUCAAAUCCUGGCUGGGCCACUGGCAAGCAGUAGAAUGGGGGGGGGGUAUUUAAUCGGAGCCUGUUUCCUUCUUUAAGAUGGGCAAUAGCGCUUCCUUAGGGGACCCUGCUUGAGAAGGGCAUGAGGCAUGUCUCUGGCAGGCGUGGGGGGUGCCUCUUCGCAUGUGGCCUGUCUCUGGUUGGGUUGUGAAUCCUGGAAGGCAUGUCCACGAUGGUGUCCCUCGCAGUCAGGUCGGGUGGAAGCCGAAACAAAAUGUUUGCAUCGCUGACCAUCUUCCCCAGCUGCCCCAAGGCAGGUUUGGGGACGCUGUUCCUCCUCCUGCUGCAGGUGCCAUUGAGGGCCUGGGCGGGUGGCUCUGCGGCUUCCAGUGAGAUCCCCUUCCCAGGAGCUUUUCAUAACCCCAAUCAUGCGACUGAUGCACCCAUGCAGGAAGUGACCCUGAAAUCCCUCCCACGUAAUCACUGUGAUGCUGCGGCGCUGUCUCAUCUGGUAUUUUUUUUAAAUGCACAUGUUUGCAGGUGUUUGACAGGGUUGGUGUCCUCCUGUAUGUAUGGUUUCCUGUCCAGCUCUUUUCACUUAACAUGUGAACUUCUGCCAAAAAAAAAAAACAAACAAACCACCGAACAUGUGAACUUCUGUACCA